ACGUGAUUUUUGGGAACUGGCCCUCGCUGGAGGAGAACCGAAACCGAGGGUGGGGACUGUAGAAAGGGGUGGAGAGAGAGCCGGGGAGGCCAUCCGGGCUGGGGCCGAGCUGAGUUCCCAGGAGCCCCGGGACAGCUGGGAGAGCGGGACAGCAGCACAGGAUGGCGUCCGGCAGGGCCCGCUGCACCCGGAAGCUUCGGAGCUGGGUGGUGGAGCAGGUGGAGAGUGGGAGGUUCCCAGGGGUGUGCUGGGACAACGCCGAGAAGACAAUGUUCCGGAUUCCCUGGAAGCACGCGGGCAAGCAGGACUUCCGGGAGGACCAGGACGCCGCCUUCUUCAAGGCCUGGGCCAAGUUUAAGGGGAAGGACAAGGAGGGGGACCUUGGGGGCCCCGCGGUGUGGAAGACGCGGCUGCGCUGCGCCCUCAACAAGAGCCCCGAGUUUGAGGAGGCUCCCGAGAGAGGCCGCAUGGAUGUGACCGAGCCCUACAAGGUGUACCGGCUGCUGCCCCCCGGAGCCCCCCCCGCCCAGCCCGGAACCAAGAAACGAAAACAGUGCCAGAGCCCUGCACCUCCCGAGCGGGAGGCCACCAGCGCGGGCAGCGACGGCACGGCCGGGCCCUUCUGUCUCCAGAACCUCGACGCCAGGGCCAACGGAGCCGCGAGCCACUCGGACGGGGCGAGUCAAGGCAGCAGCAGCAGCAGCAGCAGCAGGAGCAGCAGUACUGAGCCACAGGAAGGCGUGGACAGCGCCUGGCUUGUGGGAGCAGCCGCCUUCCUGGAGGCGCCGGCGUCCGUGGAGCCUCAGCUCCCCGCAGACUCAGACUACUCGCUGCUGCUCACCUUCCUGUACGGCGGCCGCGUGGUGGGGGAGCAGCGGGUGCGCAGCCUGGACUGCCGCCUCGUGGCGCAGCCCUCCGAGUCCGCGAGCGGCAUGGAGCAGGUGCUGUUCCCCAAGCCCGACGCGCAGCUGGAGCCCGCGCGGCGCCUGCUGGGCCAGCUCGAGCGCGGCCUGCUGCUGGCCAGCAACUCCAGGGGCCUCUUCGCCACCCGCCUCUGCCCCGUCGCCGUCUCCUGGCACGCGCCGCAGGACCCGCCCGGGCCGGGGCCGCACCUGCUGCCCAGCAACCAGUGCGUGAUGCUCUUCCAAACCGCCUACUUCUGCCGAGACUUGGACAGGUACUUCCGCGGCGAAGGCCCCAGACCCAAGUUCCAGGUCACUCUGCACUUCUGGGAGCAGAGCCGUACCCCACAGAAUCUGAUCACCGUGCGCAUGGAGCAGGCGUUUGCUCGACAUUUCCUAGAAGAGGCUUCCGAGGAGCAGACGGCCGCUCCGUUCCCGCAGUAGCGCCCGGAGCCCCGGCGGCUGCUGCUCCUUCCUGCCCCUCCCGGCUCUUUGGAGAGCUCGCUCUUCACACCGCUGCUCUGCCUCCCGUGACGCGCGCAGCUGCCCGCGAGUUACGUCCUGCGAUUCCUCUGUGUCUGGCCGCUGGAGAACUCAGGAUAGCUUCUGUCCUUUCAAAAAAUUAAAUAAAUGAAUGAAAGGGCUGGGAAGGUGGCUU